UAACUUAAUUUUUAAUGCACUUACAUGUAUGACAAGCGUGGCAGCCGCCGGGGGAAGCGUGUGCGUGUCCGCCGGUAGCCGGUGGCCGAAGCUACGGUGAGAAAUGUCGGUGAGCUGCAGGCUAGCACUGACUUUGUGACAGUGUCGAGUAAAUGGCUCAUCAAGCAAGAUACACUAGUUUCUACGGCAGUCCUGUGUCGGGCGCUCAGUUCGUCUACACCUGUGCUGCAGUUUGAAGACGCUGGCACCCUGCCGGACCGCAGCCUUCAGAGAAACUGAAUCUGAGAGCUCCCCGCAUCUCAUAAUAACUCGAGAGGAAUUUAACUUCAAAUGUUGGCAUCAAAGACACUGAGGCUUUGAUUUUCGGUGUCUGACUUUUAAGUAUAUGGAACAACACUUGGAACAGAUUGUAUGUCUUUCCAACUUCAUUUCCUACCUUGGACAGCAUGGAUGCUCUCUUUGAAUCAGGUUGACCAUAUUUCACCUCAUCCCCUCCUUCCUGUCUCCUCGGUAGAAGGAGGGUGGGGGAUUGGUGUGGUGCCCCUACCCCUCCUUCUAGAGUGGGCGAGUACCUGAGCACUAAACCAGUUGCUCAUAUCUGUUGCCUUGAGCUCCCACCGACUCCAUCCCUCCAUUCCAUCGCCCUCUUCAUGAAAUCCUGCCAGAGCCUCAAGGAAGAGGUUUCCGUCCCUAGCCUUGGCGGGAUGUCACAGGAGGAAGGACGCAGGGCACAGGUGUCCCAGUCCUAUUUUCACCCCCCUAACACAGAUCUGGACCUGACGGGCAAGCUUCAUAGGAGGGAGGUAGGUGGCAAGCCUUAUUCUGUGUUAGUGGACAAUAAAAUGGCAACCAAGACAAACAUGGGUGAUCUGAACAUUGGUCUGUUGCCCACUCAACAUGUGACUCCACAGCAGCAUCAGCAGUAUUUCAGAGAGGGAGGAGCAGGGCAGGAGUUGGGCACACAGGGUUCCCAGGCCGGCAACGAAGGCACCUCUGAUGACACUGAAGACGAUGAUGAAGACGAGGAAGAAGAGGGCGAGGAGGAGGGCUUCAAGCGCGAGCAGAUCAUCGUCGAAGUUAACCUGAACAAUCAGACCCUUCAUGUAUCCAAGGGGGACAACAAAACUGGAACCGCAGCAGAUGACUCUGAGAGAGCUGGCAGCGACGAGGACGAUGACGAGGAGGAGGAGGAGGAGGAAGAAGAGGAGGAAGAAGAAGAAGAGGACAGCCCCGGUGAAGAAGAGGAGGAAGACGAUGAGGAAGAUGAGAUUGAAAGUCGUAGAACGAGGGCAAAGAGGGCCCGUCGGGGCGCUAGUAGCACAGUGGCUCCCAGCCAGCCGCGGAGGAAAAGCCUCCGAACAACUCUGAGCACCGCCACGUCUGGAAUGACCACCAGGGGGCGACGGACGCGCAUCGAGCCUACGAAAAGGAAGCGCCGAUCAGCGAGGUCCGCCCCGUCAUCUGCCGGCUCCACGACCACGACCGCAGGAGGGAAAACCGAUGUGGAGGAGAAGGAGAUGCUGGCAUGUGAAAAGUGCCCCCGAGUGUUCAACACGCGCUGGUAUCUGGAGAAGCACAUGAACGUCACACACAGACGGAUGCAGAUUUGUGACAAGUGCGGCAAAAAGUUUGUCCUGGAGAGUGAGCUGGCCUUACACCAGCAGACUGACUGUGAGAAGAACAUCCAGUGUGUCUCCUGCAACAAGUCCUUUAAGAAGCUGUGGUCACUGCAUGAGCACAUUAAGAUCGUUCACGGCUACGCGGAGAAGAAGUUCUCAUGUGAAAUCUGUGAGAAGAAGUUCUACACUAUGGCUCACGUCCGUAAGCACAUGGUUGCUCACACUAAGGACAUGCCGUUUACCUGUGAGACAUGUGGGAAGUCGUUCAAACGCAGCAUGUCUUUAAAAGUUCACUCGCUCCAGCACUCUGGAGAGAAACCCUUCCGUUGUGAGAACUGCGACGAGCGGUUCCAAUACAAGUACCAGCUGCGCUCUCACAUGAGCAUUCACAUCGGACACAAGCAGUUCAUGUGCCAAUGGUGUGGCAAAGACUUCAACAUGAAACAGUAUUUUGAUGAGCACAUGAAAACACACACAGGAGAGAAGCCUUUCAUUUGUGAGAUCUGCGGCAAGAGCUUCACCAGCCGGCCCAACAUGAAGCGCCACCGUCGCACCCACACCGGGGAGAAGCCCUAUCCCUGCGAGGUGUGCGGACAGCGCUUCCGCUUCUCCAACAUGCUCAAAGCACACAAAGAGAAGUGUUUCCGGGUCACCAGCCCUGUGGUCCUGCAGACCAGCGGCCCACCUGUGCCUGUCCGCAUCUUUGCCAACACCUUCUCCUCCUCCUCCUCCUCCGGCCCCGGCCCCUCAGCUGCCACCCCGGCCACCACUUCAGCACCGCUGGGUCUCAGCCCAUCAGGAGGACCCAUGCCUCCUCGAGCUCCUGUCGGACACACAUUCUCCCAUGUGCAGCUCCACUCAACCCCCUCUCACCAUCAUCCCCACCCCCCAACAACCCAGCAACACCUCUCAAACACACCCCAACAUGCCCCAGCUCACCCCCACCACCACCUGGCCGGGCCCCCAGUCUCCCACUUGCCCCCUCCCCCAGCCCUUUUCAAGAGUGAGCCCCUAAACCACUGUGGGCACGAGGACAACAGCUACCUGCACCACAUGGCCCCUUCUGACAAGGGUCCUGGAGCCCCACAACACCACUGAACUGUGCUCCAAGUCUGCAGACCCACACCAAACUGCGCCUUGUUCCUCCUCUUCCCAUAGUCCUGCCUCAGUCUCUCUAAGUUGCAAGGCCCCCAGUGAGUGGGGUGCUUCUCUCAAACAGAUUUAAAUAAGUCAAGCUAAACAUGCACACUUGUGUAUGUGUGAAAGAUUCAGACUGAUAAGCCCUCAGUGCACACAGUAUUUAAGUACUAAACCUACUUAAAAACCCUGGUCAACUGACAAAAAUUUUAGAACCUCUAGAGUUUUUUUUUCUUGAACUUUUUCUUAGGAAAUCUACACAAAAUUAUUCCUCCUGUGAGUUCUCUAUCUGUACAUUGAUUGGUGUAAAGUAUCUCUUUUUCAUCAAAAGCUGCUGAUGGAAGUCAAUGUAUGUAUUACCUGGGCUUCAUUGAUCAUCAAAGAUCAGUGUCAUUGAACUUUCCUCCUUAAUGUCCAGUUGACUUGUGGUUGCACAUUGGUCAGGACUUUUGCUUUAUGUGCUGGUCCUCCCCAUAGCAAUACUCAACCUGUCCUCCUUAUUGUACUGCAAAGCUGGGGGCCACACAGAAAUGUUUAAUGAAUGUUGUAACUGGUUCUACCUGAGCCUUCCUCUGUCCUAAGGCCAAAGCUGUGGCUUUCUGUCAGAGGGGCAACAGCAGUAGUGCAAGACACAGUGCCAUAGGUUACAGUAUGGAGGGGAGGGGGGUGGGGGGGUUGUAAAGAACAUUGGGGGGAAACAAAGGUUUUGUAAAUGGUUAGCUGAAUCUAGACAUAGUCUGAGAUUCAUAUCUUGGUUUAAUGGUGCUUUCCAUUCCAGUACAUGAAAUAUUUCUUAAUUUUGCUUAUCCAUUUGAUUUACAAAAGUGUAAUAUUACAAAAUAACAAUGUAUUGUGUCGUACAGAACAUGUCUUGCCAGCCUGGUUUUUCUACAAGGGGUUUAAGGUUUGACUACAUAUUUUGUGCUCAACAAACUCAUGUUAUGCAGGACAUGCUCUAGGCACUCACACCAUCACACUUACUCAAGCACACACACACAUACACACACUCACACACAAAAGACAAAGACCAUACGGCCACUGAUUUACUUACUGUGAUCAGUGCAACCUCAGCUUUCAGUACUGUUGGUCAAUAGAUGCUUUUAGAUAACAGAUGACUGUCAAAUACUGCCACUGUGAGGGGCCAGACACAUGGCCCCAUCAGGAUUUUACCCCACCUCCCUUCGCUGCUGUCGAAAUGAUACGGGUUACCAUGUUAAAGGUCAUUUGACACACACAGUAUACACACCUGGGACCUUUUUCAUCACAGUUCUUAACAGGCAAUUAUGCAUAUUCCUCUCAGCCUAUAUUCCACUGUUUGGUGUGGGGAGUUGUUGUAAUGUAAAGUUUAAACAUUUUCUGACAUACUUUGAUCCACACAGGCAAACGCGUGUCUAAACCUGUUGAAUGUUGCCUACGCAGAAUGAUGGCUGAUGAGUCAUUCAUAUGUUUCGUUUAUUUUCUUUUUUUUUAUGUUCUCUGAUUAAUUUGCUCAGUUUUAAGCUAAUGAAUGGUUCUGUAGUAAUAGAUAUACUGGUGUUUAGUAUAUAGAACUGUCAGGAUAAAAAAAAAAAAGCAGUGGUCAUACAACUUCUAAUACUUGGAAUUAUUAUAUAGAUAAGCAUACAUGUGAUCUAAGUCAGCGCAAGAAAUUACAUUUAUAAAUGUAACAGCCGAUGGUGUGAAUGUUAUUUGUUUAAUAGAAGCAGAAAUGGUUGGCAAGUACUUGGCAUGAAUUUGGGGUUGUUGCUUGGUUGUUAGCCCUUCACCCAGUCUGAGAGUUAUCAGAUGUGUGUGUGUGUGUGUGUGAGAGAGAGAGAGAGAGUGGACAGAAAGCGUGCAUGCAUUAGUCUCUACCUGUCUGUCUGUCUGGUUGUCCCCAGUGCUCUUGUACCAAAAGCUGCUUUUACACAGCGUGCCCCAAUAUAUUUGUAUUUGGGGAUAUCUGAGAUGAGAUGGACAAUAGCAGUAAAUUUUAACACGACCCCCCCCCCCCUUCUUCUUUUUCUACCGCUUUAACGGUAUUCUUUCUGAAAUGGUUAAUCUCUGUAGGUAAUCUUCUUUGAUUUGAGACCUGCAAAUUAUCCUGCCAUUUCUGUGGGUCUUAAUACCGCUGCAUUAUUUUCUUAUCAUCUUGUCCCUUCGGGUUCACUGCUGUGCUUCAGCAUUUUUUUUUUUUUUUUUUGCAGUAUGGAUCUUUUGUCUUGUCUUUUUUUUUUUUGUAAAGCCUUUUCAUUUUGUGUGUAUUCUCUGCACUUUACUGCUGCGUGGGUGAGGCGCAGGGAAGGGAGGGACUGACAAUGCAUUGUGGAACAGAGUGCAGUUUUGUGGCUGCAUGGGAGGGUGUGGGGGUGGGGGGGUGGAGGUGAUUACUUUUGAGUGGAUGUUUUUAGGCAAGGAAAGGAGGAGAAUCCCAGGCGGAGGUGGGUAGUGUGGAAGGGACCAUAGCAAACGAAGGACAUUUCUGUAAAGUAUGUGCGUAAAUUAUAUUUCCUAUUUUUCAAAAGAAAUACACUUUUUGCUCCGACAUGGACCUUCCCUCAAAGUGGAAAAAUAUUUACUUCCUGCUUUGGUGACUUUACACUAGCCCCUCCAAGCUAUGUCUGAAAUACAUUCUUCUGUUAUGUUUGCUCAUGGAGUUUUCCUCUCUGUCAUGUCCUCUUUUUGCCAAAUAGUUCUCCUCCUCCUUUCUUUGUUAUAUAGAAUGCACUUUCUACUAAAAUUCUUGGCUAGUUAAGGAAAAAAAAAUAACAUUGUAUAUUCUUUAAAGAUGUUUUAAAAAUCAAUAUACUUUUUCCCCUUUGUAUUUCUAACCACUUAAUGUAGCAUUGCGUAUUUUAUUAUUGUAUCUGGUACAAAAUGUGCAGCUUUAUAAUGUCCUGGUUUGUCUUUUUUUGUAUGUUAUCUGGAGAUUGAGGAGAAGUGAAAAAAGUUGGGCCUUUUUUGAUAAUGUACAUUUAACUGACUGCUAACUUUGAGAAGUAAAAACAA